AUGAGUCACGAUCAGACUUCCACCGAUACAGCGACUCCGAGUGCCGAUACAAGUUAUCCGAAGAACCUUGUCCUUGACAUAGGAGGCCGCAAGUUCAAAGUUGCGCGCAACACUCUGGAGGAAGAGUCAGGCCUUUUCCAACGCCAGUUCUCCGUCUGCUACUCUUGGACACCCGAAUUAGACGGCUCGUACUUCCUGGAUGCCGAUCCUGACCUUUUCGAGCACCUCCUCCGCUAUAUGCGUCGUCCUGAGGUAUUCCCGCUGUUUUACAGCGUGAUGAACGGCUUCGACUAUGACUUGUACAAUCACUUGCAAGCUGAAGCGCUGUACUUUCAGAUCAAGAAGCUGUAUGAGUGGAUUGAAGCAAAGAGUGGUGCGUUGUUCCACGAACUGAGCAAGUGUAUCUCUGUCCACGUCGAAUACGACCUCACAGAGGUUGUCCGGACAGAUGUGGUCGGCAAUGCCAUCUGA